GGCCAGAGUGCUCUCCACGCCCGCACGCCCACCCGCGGCAAGACGUACCGGCGGCGAGAGCGGAGAUGGAGACGGCUAGGGCGGUGGACUCGGGGGCGGGUCUGGACGUGGACAAGCUCACCUACGAGAUCUUCUCCAUCCUCGAGAGCAAGUUCCUGUUCGGCUACGACGACCCCAAGCUCUUCGCGCCCGCCUCCGCGGGGGCCUCGCCGUUGCCGUCGCCGGGGGCAGCCGCGGCGUCGUCGGGGAAGGCGACACCGACCAGGGCGGGGACGAAGACGAAGACGAAGGUCUGCAUACUGUCGAUCGACGGCGGCGGGCGCGCCGCGGACGGGCUGCUGGCCGGGGCCGCGCUGGUGCGGCUGGAGGCGUCGCUGCGGCGGCGCACGGGGGACGACGGCGCCAGGCUGGCCGACUUCUUCGACGUCGCCGCGGGGUCCGGCGCCGGGGGCGUGCUGGCGGCCAUGCUCGUCGCGCGGGGCGCCGACGGCCGCCCGCGCUUCUCCGCGGACGACGCGCUCGCGUUCCUCCUGCGCAGCCUCCGCCGUGGUGGCGGAGCGUGGUCGUCCGACGCCCAAGGCCUGCGGGGGCUGUUCCAGUUCCGCCGCCCGGGCGGCGGCGGCGGCGCGGGGGCGUUCCGGAGGGUGUUCGGCGACCUGACGCUGCGGGACACGGUGCGGCCCGUGCUGGUGCCGUGCUACGACCUGGCGACGGCGGCGCCGUUCCUCUUCUCGCGCGCCGACGCCGUGGAGACCCGCGCCUACGACUUCCGCCUCCGCGACGUCUGCGCCGCCACGUGCGCGGGGUCGGGGACGGUGGAGGCGCGGUCCUGCGACGGGUCCACGCGCAUCGCCGCGGUCGGCGGCGGCGUCGCGCUGGGCAACCCCACGGCGGCCGCCAUCACGCACGUGCUCAACAACAGGCGCGACUUCCCGCUCGUCGCUGGCGUCGAGGACCUGCUCGUCGUCUCCAUCGGCAGCGGCGAGGCGGACAGCAAGGAGCGGGAGCGGGGCGCCGCCUCCACGUCCCAGAUCGUCAGGAUCGCCGCCGAGGGCGUCGCUGACAUGGUGGAUCAGGCCGUGGCCAUGGCGUUCGGACAGAAUAGGACAACCAACUACAUCCGUAUACAGGCGACAGGGACGCCGUCGCCGCGAGGAGCGAGCCGUGGCGCCGCGGCGGCGGAGGCGGAGGAGAUGCUGGCGCAGAGGAACGUGGAGUCGGUGCUGUUCCGCGGGAAGAAGGUAGCGGAGCAGACCAACGCGGAGAAGCUGGAGCGGUUCGCGCACGAGCUGGUCAAGGAGCGCGACCGGCGCAGGGCCAGCCCGGCAGCGCCGGCGCUCGUGAGGCACCACCAGCCGUCGGCGGCGCCGUCGUACUCGAGCCUCGUCAGCCACACGCUCGCGAGCAUCAUGUAGGUCAACAGCCAGGAGCCAGCAGCCAACGGAAUGGGCCCAACUGAGACCAGGUGUUUAGGCUGCCUGCUUAGCUCUGUUCCUGUCCUGCGCCAUGUCGAUUCUUCAGUUUUGUAUGUAAAAACGCAGGGCAUGUGUCUUCUGUAGUGUAAUCCGUAUCCUCAGCUCAGCUCAGCUGUAUGCCUGUAUGUAUGUAUCUUGAGAAAGAAAUGCUCGCGCAGACCUUGUGAGAUUGAGCAGAGCUCUGAGCCUCUCUGAUGACUGAACAAACCAACCCCGGAUCCGGAUGUGUUGGAUAUGGAAAAUAAUACAGCCAUACAGGCCACCACACCAAGUAGCUGGUAA